AUGCGUGGUGCACCAGCUCCAAAGAAGCGCAAAGAAAACGAAGGCAGGGAAAUCAGAUUUAAAAAUUUUAUUAGUGAUCGGGAUACUAGAAUAAAUAUGGAUCUUCUUCGGGGAAGGAAUUCCAUUACUCCUCAAGAUGUAUCUUCAAUCCAUACACCAAUAACUGGCAAUUCUGGAUUCCUUGAUCGACUACUUCAACAAAUAUUUGAUAAACAUGCUCGUUCAACUGUAAUUAUUGAUGGUGUUGAUGUCAUUCGUCGUCUCAAAAUAUAUGUUGCAAGUGCUUAUUUAAAGCCAACUACAUAUUUAUAUACGGUGUUACCUCAAGAAGAAUCUCUCAAGAUCUUAACUGAAUUUCUGUUGAAACAUGGUUAUCAAUGA